GUUUGCGCGAGUUCGCCAAAGAGGCAAGACAUGAUGCGCUCAGAUGAGAACGAGCUAGAGGGCAGCGGGCCAGGGAUAAAUCUGCCGGCGAGUAUCAAGAAGCAACUCAAGCCCUUGACAGACCUGGGCACUCAAUAUCAGACAGCGCUAGACAAGUGCACGCCCUACUCACUCCAGCGAUGGAGCGCGACUGCAGGCCUGCUCUUCCUCUUCAUGCUACGGAUACUCCUCGUGCAAGCCUUCUACAUCGUCACGUAUGCUCUGGGCAUCUACCUCCUCAAUCUCUUCCUUGCCUUUUUGCAGCCAAAAUUUGAUCCCGCGCUCGAACUCGACAUCGCAGAGAGCGAGGUAGAAGAAGGCGCGCCUGGUUUGCCGACGAGCAUGGGAGGACUGGGAAGAGGAGGCGAUACCGACGGCGAAUUCAGGCCGUUCAUUCGAAGAUUGCCCGAGUUCAAGUUCUGGCAUUCGGCAACACGCGCAAUCGCUAUUUCGCUAGUCGCGACACUCUUUCCAGCGGUAGACGUGCCGGUGUACUGGCCAAUUCUGUUGGUGUACUUCUGUGUCCUGUUUGCCAUCACGAUGCGACGACAGAUCGCUCACAUGCGACGAUACCGCUAUGUACCAUUUGACAUGGGACGAAAACAGACCUACAAUCAAAAGUCGGGCCGAUAGAGCUCAG